GAAGCAAACAAGCUACUCUUUCACCUAAUAGAGUUAUUUAUUAGAUUGGGAUUGCUGUUAAAAAGUCUUUAGGUUUUGACUUUAGCCCUCAAAUACCUCACUUAGUGCUCCGGCUACAGGGUUCCCACACCAUACUGUACGAGUACUGUACUGUACUCUACAAGGUCAACCGAGGCACUUCCACAAUGGUACCUUUACUCUAAUAUGCAAGCACGGGUAGUUCUUGGCCAUAAAUUAAGUCAUCGUGGCUCGGUUAAAGUACCCGUGAAUACACACCCGGAGUUCGGCCCCAGCCCCAGGUAACAACAUAACCCCUUUCCACCUCUCGGAACAGAAAUAAAACAAGACCUUCUCGACCUUAGCAUGAGAGGAAAGCCCAAUGAUCGCGCGCGGUCCAAUUAUUCAAGUUUUUACGGUAUGUCUCCCUCCUUGAAACCCGCCCUAGUCCGAAAACAGAAGUUACCCUGCAUUAAAUUUUGCACCCUUAUCGAUAAGCUUUUGCCCCUCUGUUUAAAACUUUCUCCUUUCAAGAUCCCUCUAGCUCCUCCACCACCAGCGGCAGCCUACCUUCGGCUUCCACUGCCAACAACCUUCACUCCUUUCAACCUCGUGAGCUUCAAUGGCAAGUUCCUUGUUGGCUGGCCCCCCGGUUUUAAUUCUCUACGCCUCUGAAUCGGGAACUGCCGCCGAUCUAGCGAGGGAGGUUACCCAUACCCUCCUUCGUCGUCGAUUCAAUGUUAAAUGCAUAGAGGCAAACCAGCUUGAUCCGUUCACCUCCUUGCCCAUCUACAAGACCAUAAUCUUCCUUGCUUCCACUACCGGUCAGGGGGAAAUUCCGAUGAAUGGGAAAGAUUUUUGGAGGAAGUUCCUAGUAAAGCGCAUUCCGAGGGAUUGGCUUAAGGAUGUUGAGUUCACCACAUUUGGCUGCGGCGACAGCACAUAUCUCAAGUACAACGCGGCUGCGAGAAAAGUUCAUAGUAGGUUUUUGCAGCUUGGUGCUACGCAACUGGUCGCAAGAGGCGAAGGUGACGAGCAACAUAGCGAGGGGUGAGUUGUUGGUUUAAUCUUAAUUUAAUCAUGGGUUUGAAUAGCAAUCGCUAAACUAUCUCAGGAUUGAUGGCUUGUUUUUCCCGUGGUUGGAGUUGCUUGUCAGGACUUUAUCCGAGAAAUACCCUCUCACAGACGGGCUCGAGCCUCUGCCUGCGGACCACUUGCUAGAUCCCGAACACUUUUUGUCUCUCACGGGUCACCGUCAGAUCGCUUAUCCAGUCCGAGAUGUCAUGAGAGAUCUCCACGUCCAGCGUCCGGCCUCUAGGACGUUCCAUGUUUUUAGAAACGAACGGAUUACGGCAGUUUCACACUGGCAGGAUGUAAGACACAUCACUAUCAGCAUACCAGGAUCCAGCGCGAGAUGGGCACCUGGAGACACUGUGACUCUUCUACCCAAGAAUUUUCCUGAAGAUGUGGAAGAAUUCUUGGAUUGUCAAGGGUUCACUGAUAUUGCCGAUCACCCAUUGGGUUUUGUGAGGUCAUCUCAUCCGGCGAUCGAGUCGCCUCUUCCAGGGAGGCUUAUCCAACCGUUAACCCUACGCACCCUAUUGAUACAUCAUCUGGAUAUUAAUGCCAUUCCUCGCCGUGCCUUCUUUAGUAUGAUCGCCAAUUUUACUGAUAAUCCAACCCACAAAGAGCGUAUUCUGGAGUUUACCAACCCUGAAUACCUCAACGAACUUUACGACUAUACAACUCGCCCCCGCCGAAGUAUACUCGAGGUUUUACAGGAAUUCUCCAGCGUUAAAAUUCCAAUUAAUCGUCUCACCGAUGUCAUUCCAGCGAUGCGCCCGCGUGCUUUCUCAGUCGCAAGUAGUAAUACCGGCCACUCGCCGGGUCCGGCCGCCGAGGGUAUUAAUCUAGAGAUUCUAGUUGCAAUUGUGAAAUAUAGGACCAUCAUCAAGAAGACGCGUCAAGGUGUUUGCACCAGAUGGCUUGCUUCGCUCAAAGAAGGCGAUCCUAUCAGUGUGGUCUUUCAACACGGCACCUUGGUCCCCCAUUCUUCCACGGAGUUGUACAACAAACCGGCCGUAAUGAUAGCCCCAGGCACCGGGGUCGCCCCUAUGCGUGCGCUUCUAUGGGAACGCAUUUUCAACAAAGGCCAUUAUCUCAAGAAUACCUUGAUAUUCGGCUGCCGUGGAAAGGACACUGACUUCUUCUUUCGGGAGGAAUGGGCCCAGUUGGUUCGUAAGGAUUUCCUCAGGUUGAAUACUGCGUUCUCUCGAGACCAGCCGGCCAAGAGAUAUGUUCAGCAUGUUAUCCUAGAGCAAGCUGGACAUCUCUGGGAGAGGAUAUUUAAGCAAGGUGCGGUGGUAUAUGUGUGUGGAAGUUCUGGGAAUAUGCCGAUAGCUGUUCGCGAGGCCCUGGUAAAAGUGUUCCAGGAGAAGGGUGAAUGGGAGAAGGAAGUUGCUGUCGCGUAUCUCGUUCACAUGGAGAAGGAGGGGAGGUUCAGGCAGGAAACCUGGUAAUAAUGUUUGCUUUUUCUUUCAGCAAUUUCCUUGCUACUUAGAUAUCGGCGGGGCAGCUACCUCUAGACUAGAUUCUGCGGUUCAUUGGGCGUAUUUGAUGUGGUGGGCUUUUUCUUUGGCAAUUCUCUUUGACAAGUCUGCCUAUGUUUUACCAUAGUUAUCGUUGAGCGUUUCUUGCACAAAUACCAAAAUUCUAAUUCUCCCUUUCUAUACCCUAGCUUAGCCUCCCGUUAUCUGUUCUCGGAUACCGGCCUUUUUGCUCUUUGCUAUUAUCAAAAUUUCCGCAAGUGGUGAUGCAACUGUACUGUUUCCGCGCUACCGUAUUGUACCCUAUUCCAUUAUUUGGCGCUAAACCUAGCUUUUAAGUGUACACACUACAACAAAGGACGGAAGGAAGGAUCAUAGAUCGGCGGCUAUAGAGGAGGAUAUCGCAAGUCUCAGGUUACCAUACUAGACUGAGAAAUGGGUCGGGGGCUCAUGUGAGUUCUAUUGCAGAAUAUACAGAUUUUCUCUUUUUCUGUAUGUUUUAGCUGGUUCACUUCUAGAUUUAGCUCAUAGUCCAAUAAUUCCAAUACAUCGCC